GUACGAUCUUCUCCGUCAUCCCAUCACUCGCGCUGAACAGGAAUACGGAAAUUAUACACGGGCAUUUUUGCCCGAGAAGAGUGCAUUGGUAGAUGCUGGAUUCUGCACACUCAAACAAUGAGACCCGACUCGCAUAUACCUCGCUAUAUGUCAUGCCCGCUAUGUUGGUUCUUGUAUCGACGGGCCUGCUCGCGCGCCGACACGCAUAUCUCCGUUGGACAUGUUCUGUAUUCUCGAGACCCAAAUCUUCAUCUCACAUGCCACCAAACUCUUUCCUAAUCAGGCAGUCCGUCGAAAGGUGUGGAUCACGGUUUCACUACUACUCUCCUACAACGCGCAUAUACCGCUACUCUUCCGCUUGGACCUCAAUCACCACGGUGCUGACCAUGGUGGAAAUUCCCGUAGGUGGCUUCCUCAUUGCUUUUUGACGAACUGGACCAGAUCUCAUGGGGCUAGCUGUUCGUCGCGAUGAGUUCUCCGGCAUCAACCGUCGUGCUAUCUAGCGCGCUCUCCGCCGACCAUCAGUCUCCUGGACCAGCUGGAAUUUUAGAUUCAAUGACCAUAACGGCAAUGCCGACGUGGAAGUAGGG